AUGGCGUCAGCUGCUCCUGUAGUUGCAGUUCGUGGUUCCACAGGGAUCUCAAUUCAUCAUGGUCCACCAAAUUAUGAACUUAUUUCAAAUUUUAAAAGAGAAGAUAGUAAAUCCUGUAAAUGUAUGCUGUUCAGCCCUCAAGGUGAAUAUUUUGCCUGGGCCAAUGGAAAAAAGGUAACAAUAGUUUCAACCUCCACUUGGGAGGUUUUGGCUGAAAUGGAUAGACCUCGGGUAUGUACUUUACAGUUCUCACCUAAAGGUACUUACCUUAUGACUUGGGAGACUUUCGCAGUAUCUCAGGAGAAACCUGAAGGCACUCCUAAUUUAAAUAUUUAUGAGUCUGCAACAGGAAAGCAUUUAGUUGCAUUUGAACAGAAGAAACAGACAGGCUGGGAACCUAUUUGGACUGGCGAUGAAACUCUUGUUUCUAGAAGUGUGAAGAAUGAUGUUUUAUUUUAUAAGCCAGAGAAAAUAAAUGAAAUCGAAAAUAGGAUAGCAAAUCAAAGGGUACACCAGUAUAGUAUUUCACCUGCUGGCUCUCCGUAUUAUGUAUUAUGCUAUGUUCCAGGGAAACAGGGACAGCCUUCGUUAGGAAAAUUAUUUCAGUAUCCCAAAUUCGAUACGCCUAUUGCCUGUAAGAGUUUUUUCCAGGCAGAUAAAGUAGAUAUGUAUUGGAACAAAAAGGGUACUGGUGUUCUUCUAAUGACGAGCGUUGAAGUUGACAAGAGUGGCAGCUCUUAUUAUGGGAAACAAACUCUCCAUUUUAUUACUCCAAAAGGAGAAAAUUCGAUUGUUCAACUCGGUAAAGAAGGUCCAAUCCAUUGUGUUGCUUGGUCCCCUCAGUCACACGAAUUUUGUGUAGUUUAUGGAUUCAUGCCUGCUAAAGCCACUUUAUUUAAUCUAAAAUGUGAACCAGUCUUUGAAUUGGGAUCUGGGCCUAGGAACAGUAUAUAUUAUAACCCAUAUGGAAACAUUCUCUUGUUGGGUGGUUUUGGUAACCUUCCAGGAACUGUGGAGCUUUGGGAAGCUCCAGCUCGAAAACUUAUCAAUAAAAUGACAGCUGCUGACACAACAUUGUUGGUUUGGUCCCCCGAAGGAACACAUUUUUUAACUGCAACCACUGCACCUAGGUUACGUAUGUGUAAUGGUUUCAAAAUGUGGCAUUAUAGUGGUACCUUAUUGUAUGAAAGACCAUGGAACAAACAGGAAGAAUUGUGGGAGGUUUGCUGGCAAAAUUUCCCAGAUGGGACUUUUAAGCCUCCUUUGAUCAGUUAUAAACCUGUUGAAGGAAUUGCUCCUACACAACCCCAAGCUUCCAAAGAAGUUUAUAGGCCACCUGUUGCUAGAGGGCUAACUGUAAACUUUAAACUUCAUGAAGAUGAAACUCCACCUCAGCAAUCUCAGCAGUCCAAGACCGCUUUAAAGUUAAAAAAGAAGAGAGAAGCAAAGAAAGCUGCAAAAGCAGCACAACAUGAUCAGUCCCCAGAGAGGCCGCCAACGACAGGAGCAGUUAAUAAUGGUUUGAAGGCUCAUUUGGAGGAAUUUACAACAGAUGAUCCUGUCAAAAUGAAGAAAAUAGGAAGGCUGAGGAGUAAAUUGAUGGAAAUUGAACGUUUAAAAGAACAGCAGAAGAGUGGGCGACAACUCGAGAUCAACCAAUUAGAAAAGAUAAAGAAGGAAGACCAACUAUUGAGCGAAUUGAGGAGCCUAUCUUUGUGAUACCUGCCAACGUAGAAAUGGGACAUCAGCACUGGGACUUAGGAAAUCAAGAUCUUAAUAAUUUGGAUGGAAUAAUGAAAAUGUAUUUUAUGAAAAUACUGAAGGUGUUAAUAUUGAGCCUACCUGGAGCACAAUGGUAAACUGAAGAGGCGACUGUAACAUAUCGAACUGGCUCUUCAGAAACGGUCUGACAGAUGAAAACAUUUUAUAAUGCAUUUUCUGUCUAAAAUAGUACCUGUUACCAACCUUAUAUCAUUUGCCUGCUGUUUAUUGGUCAUUUC